CCGCCGCGGGCAGCUGCGGCGCCUGCUGGAGCACGUGCGCCUGCCCCUGCUGGCGCCCGCCUACUUUCUGGAGAAGGUGGAGGCCGACGAGCUGCUGCAAGCCAGCCGCGAGUGUCGCCCGCUGCUGCUCGAGGCCCGCGCCUGCUUCAUCCUGGGCCGCGAGGUCGGCGCGCUGCGGGCCCGGCCGCGGAGAUUCAUGGACCUAGCUGAAGUGAUCGUGGUCAUCGGCGGUUGCGACCGCAAGGGGCUCCUGAAGCUGCCCUUCACUGACGCCUACCAUCCAGAGAGCCGGCGCUGGACCCCACUGCCUAGCUUCCCAGGCUACACACGCUCAGAGUUCGCUGCCUGUGCUCUCCGCAAUGACAUCUAUGUCUCGGGAGGCCACAUCAACAGCCGUGAUGUGUGGAUGUUUAGUACCCCUUGGCACACCUGGAUCAAGGUGGCCUCGCUGCUCAAGGGCAGGUGGAGGCACAAGAUGGCAGUCGUGCAGGGGCAGCUGUUCGCGGUGGGUGGCUUCAACGGCCUUCGGCGCCUGCGCAGUGUAGAACGCUACGACCCCUUCUCCAACACCUGGGCGGCGGCGGCACCCCUCCUGGAGGCCGUGAGCUCAGCGGCAGUGGUGUCCUGCGCGGGCAGGAUCUACGUGGUCGGGGGCGCCGGGCAGGACGGCCUCAGCACCAACAAGGUGCAGUGCUUUGACCCCAAGGAGGACCGGUGGAGCCUGCGAUCACCAGCACCUUUCUCACAGCGGUGCCUCGAGGCUGUCUCCCUUGAGGGCACCAUCUAUGUAGUAGGGGGCCUCAUGAGCAAAAUCUUCACCUAUGACCCUGGCACAGAUGUCUGGGGGGAGGCAGCUGUCCUCCCCAGCCCCGUGGAGAGCUGUGGCGUGACUGUGUGUGACGGGAAGGUCCACAUCCUUGGUGGGCGGGAUGAUCUUGGGGAGAGCACCAACAAGGUCUUCACCUUUGACCCCAGCAAUGGGCAGGUGGAGGCCCAGCCAUCCCUACAGCGCUGCACCAGCUCCCAUGGCUGCAUUACCAUCAUUCAGAGCCUGGGCAGGUGACUCAAACUUGAACAGCCUGAGCCAGGAAGCAGAGAAAGGAGGGAGAACUCAGGCUCACCACUGCUCCCCUCAUGGUACCUCCAUGUAAAUAGCCCCUUAACUUAUUGCCUCCUUCUUACAGAAAUAAAAUCUUGUUCAUUUUU